GCAUAAACGUGCAACGCCCGUCCGUCUUGUUCUUAGUAACAAUCGAGUCGCCGUCAAUCAAAGUACAAUACUCUCUAUCCGCCUCGAACGUUGUGUGUUAUCACACGGAAUAUUGAAAUAUAUUUUUUUGUCCAUUUCUAAUAUUACCGGCGUAUCCUUAAACAAAAGACGGGAUAACAUUUUUUCCCAUCUGCGGGCGACAAAAAAUAAGUAAUUCGAGAUCUACAGAUAUUUUUUUGUGCGUACGAGUGUGAUAGUGCGCGCGCGGAAUAAGUGCCGCUCGGGACCGAAUUGCGAAUACGCGACCGUUACGAUGGCUGUUGCGGCCCUAAGAUGAUACCGGCUUACUGCACCGGUAAACCAUCCGGCAAUAGUUACGUCGAGUACAUAUUCGUUCUGAAUCACUCCAAGACUUGAUAUUUAACGAAAUAACUUUUUUCCCCCUUUGAAUAAUACGGCAAUUGCGAUUGGCGCCAAAAACCUACGAAAAGGAAAUAACCGCCCACGUCGUUCGCUCUGUUAUUUUUCCAUUAUUAAUUUGUUUUUUAUCCGAAAACAAACUAUCGCAUCACCCGAUUGUGCGCCGGCCCGCAUCUGCCGCCUCCUCCGCUAACAUCGUCGAGGACGUCGCUAGUCCUUCCACCCCGGAAGAAGACGACCGCAGCCGCCAGUCGCUAGCUCAUCUGCCAUUCGGCGAGUCGACAUAGUCGCCUCUAUCGUUUCCCGCUUUACCAUGCCGAAGUACGGCAGUGGGGUUGGCUUUGAACCGGCAAUAGUGCUGGUGGCCACACUUGUGGCUAUCAUGGCCGUGUCCGUUGUCGCCGUGCCGGCCGCUCACCACUUACAUCACCAUGGACACAGGGGUACGGGAUCAUCAUCGUCGGGGAUCGAACACUCACUUAGCAAACGCUCGUUCUUUGACAUCCAGUGCAAGGGCGUGUACGACAAAGCGAUAUUCGCCCGAUUAGAUAGGGUGUGUGAGGACUGUUACAACCUCUUCCAAGUAGACAAACUUCGGUUCCUGUGCAGGGAAAAAUGCUUCACGACAGAAUUUUUCAAAGGAUGUUUGGAUGUACUCCUGCUUGAUGACGAAAUGGAAAGUAUACAGAAAGGGAUUAAACAAUUGCGUGGGGCAGAUCCUGUUGGGGCUGGGGUUUAGAUCUACAUGCUUUAACACGGUAUACUUUAAGGCUUGUUUAGAGUCUCUUCAAUUGCUUACAGAAGAAACUCAGUACAACCAGAUGGUCGACUUUUUGGGGAAGAAAUAAAAUAUAUUAAUAAAAUAUUGUAUAUGUACUUCAUACGUAUAUUUUAUUUAUAUUUGGUUAUUUAUUUAUGAACCAGACAUUGGCUGUCAAAAAACCUAUUCUAGUCUAUUCAGAGAAAGCAACAGCAUUACAACAAAUAUGUAUUGACGAAAUAUGUUUACUUUCCCUAGAUAAAUUUUUCUAAUUUAUUUAUAGCUCUUAAGGAUUUUGUUUUAAAUUUUUGUUUGUAAAACUAUUUAAUUGUUUGUUUUUAAUUUUUAAGAGUUGUAUUAUAAAUUAUAUUAUUAUAUAUAAAUAUAUUAUAUACAAAAAGAACAAUUUUAAAUCUUUUAAUAAAAUGUAUAUUUUUUAUUUUAUAAAAAAAGCAAAAGUUCAAUA